GAGAAGUGGACCGACAUUAUCAUAAUAGUUUCGAACGUCGUGAAGUAGUAACUAACAUCGCCGAUUCAAUAUCGUUGGGCUCCCAGCCACCUCACCAACCUGAGGCGAGCGCAGGAGCUAUGGCCUCGAGUUAUCGUUGCUAUCCCUUUCUCACCCAAGAGGAGUUUGCCGAGGUGUGUCAUUAUUUUGACGCAAAAUACUGUCGGACUACUCUGGGUCCCCUUCGUAGUCAAUGGCAGCUCAGACUUCGCACGGCCUUAGAUACUUCUCCGAACUCGGAUACUGGCGUGGUGACCUUCAUUCAAAUCACCAAGCCACUCGAGAGCCGUCGGAACAAUGAGGUCGACAACGAGCUCGCAUCCCGCCUCGGCAAUUUUGCUUUGAACGAGCCUCCUUUGCUAGACACGGACCAGUCCAUGGCUGAUAGUAUGCUGAUGAAUGAAGAAUUAGAUACGGAGGUGGUUCGAUAUCCAUCCAAACUGAACCCCAGCAGGGGAAAUGGUAUUGUAGAGUACGAAAUUCACCUUCACCCAACAUAUCAAGCACCGUGUCUGUGGUUUAGUUUACACAAUUUGCCAUUUGACGAGUCGCCGCUCGAUAUCGACUCCGUUUUCCGACAUUUGGUGCCAGACGAGUUCAUACAUCGUAUCGGCCACAAUCCCAUAGGAGGGAUCUCCAUCGAUCAUCAUCCCGUCACUGGCGUGCCGACAUUCUUCGUCCAUCCGUGUAACCUUGGAGAUGUCAUGGCCACUUUCGACUGCUCCAAGGAAGAUUAUCUCACGGUUUGGCUAGGUAUAGCUGGAAGCUGUGUAGGAUUGGGGGUGCCAAAGGAAUUGGCCAUUGGGUUAAGCGUAAACCCGGCGCCACAGCUAUUGCGUACCUGACACCGCAGCUUGGCCAGUAGAUGUUGUUAAUAAG